UUUUUUUAAAAAAAAUCUGUAUUUUUUAAUAAUAAUAUGAGUGUAUUUAAUUGUGGUAAGUAUUGUCAAGUUUUACAAAAAUUAAGGAAAAUCAACAAAAUCAAACCAGGAACAAGAACCCAGAUACAAAGAACUAAAAAGCUCAGGUUAAAAAAAGACUUGAGAGAAUUAAAGGUUUGACAUUUUCCUGCAAAAACUAAACAUAAUGAAGUUUGUGAAGGAGAAAAAACUGUGGCCAGUAAAGUUUCCACUCGAAUUAGGAAAUGUAAAUAAAAGUGUAGCGUAUGACGGCGUGUUUGUUUUCCAGGUCUGCGUAUACAAUACAGUCUUGUCAUGUACAUGUGUUCCCACAGGAUUUUGGUUGCAUGGCCUCACUGUGCCUCUCGGUUUUUUCCCUCCACAGAGUGUGGUCAGUGAACACACUGAGGCCCUCAGUAAGUUGAAUCUGUCCAGCGUGACAGAGAAAGACGCUGGGAAGUACUGGUGUCGCGCCUCAAACUUUAUAGGCAAGUCAGAAAACGCUUUCUGGCUUAAGGUACACAAACCAGAAGUGAACCCCGAGAAGGAGGACUACUACGUCGACAUCCUCAUCUACGUGACGGGCUGCGUGCUCUUCAUCCUCGCCGUGGUCAUCGUCGUCCUCUGCCGCAUGAGGAUGACCACGCAGAAGACGCUGCCCUCACCGCCCGUGCAGAAGCUCUCCAAGUUCCCCCUCAAGAGACAGCAGGUGUCCUUGGAUUCCAACUCCUCCAUGAACUCCAACACGCCGCUGGUCAGGAUCGCCCGCCUGUCGUCCAGCGACGGACCGAUGCUGGCCAACGUGUCGGAGCUGGAACUUCCAUCUGACCCCAAAUGGGAGUUUCCACGAACGCGGUUGACUCUGGGUAAACCUCUGGGCGAAGGCUGCUUCGGUCAGGUGGUGAUGGCCGAGGCCGUCGGCGUCGACAAGGAGAAGCCAAACAAGCCGCUAACAGUCGCUGUGAAAAUGCUGAAAGAUGAUGCCACAGAUAAAGACCUGUCAGACCUGGUGUCAGAGAUGGAGAUGAUGAAGAUGAUCGGAAAACACAAAAACAUCAUCAACCUGCUGGGAGCCUGCACGCAGGACGGUCCUCUCUACGUCCUGGUGGAGUACGCCUCGAAAGGCAACCUGAGGGAGUACCUGCGGGCGCGACGGCCCCCUGGCAUGGACUACUCCUUCGACACCUGCAAAAUCCCAGACGAGCAGCUCACCUUCAAAGAUCUGGUGUCCUGUGCCUACCAGGUGGCCCGAGGCAUGGAGUACCUCGCCUCGCAGAAGUGUAUCCACAGAGACCUGGCGGCCAGAAACGUCCUCGUGACGGACGACAACAUCAUGAAGAUCGCAGACUUUGGUCUCGCCCGAGAUGUGCACAAUAUAGACUACUACAAAAAGACCACCAACGGUCGUCUGCCCGUGAAGUGGAUGGCACCGGAGGCGCUGUUCGACCGCGUCUACACGCACCAGAGCGACGUGUGGUCGUACGGUGUGUUGCUGUGGGAGAUCUUCACUCUCGGUGGAUCUCCGUACCCAGGAAUCCCAGUGGAGGAACUUUUCAAGCUGCUGAAGGAGGGACAUCGGAUGGACAAACCUGCCAACUGCACCCACGAACUGUACAUGAUUAUGAGGGAGUGCUGGCAUGCGGUGCCAUCGCAGAGACCGACCUUCAGACAGCUGGUAGAAGAUCAUGACCGGGUUCUAUCAAUGACCUCCACUGAUGAGUACCUGGACCUGUCGGUGCCCUUUGAGCAGUACUCGCCCACCUGUCAGGACUCCAACAGCACCUGCUCCUCGGGAGACGACUCGGUCUUCGCCCACGAUCCGCUGCCCGACGAGCCCUGUCUUCCCAAACAGCUUCCCAGUAACGGUGUGAUCAGGACAUAAAGAGGGAGCUGCGAGAGGAGGGGUGGACAAUAACCUCCGACUCACAGUUUCUGACUAAUAAUAAUAACAAUAAUAAUAAUAAUAAUGAUGAUGAUGAUAAUAAUCACCUCUCAGUGACUCAAGCUCCUCAAGAUAUGGAAUUUAAAAACUCGGCAUGCAAUACUUCCACAGUGCUUCUGCUCUCCGGUUCGUCUCCUUCCUCCUCGUCCUCAAGUGACUCUCCAAACAGUGAAGGAUUAUUUCUGGCCAUUUGAACCGUCUUUGUGUUCCUCUUUUCAGAAAUGAAAUUAUAUUUUUGUACGCGGGCCAGUCUUUUUGUUACGGACUCAUCUGUGGGGGUGAAAACCAUUCCGUGCCUACUCGGACGAAGACGAAGGGAAUUCGCUCAACGGCUGGUUUGCGAUCAAGUAGGCUAGGACUUCCGAUGUUUGUCUGUUUUUUGUUUUUUUUAAUCCUCCAUGGAGCCCCGGAGAUCGCGAUCGCAAACAAACAAACAAACAA